CAAAAUGAUCUGAGCGCACUUAGACCGUUAUGCCACCAUAAAUAUUUGAAACGUUUUCAUUACUUAGACCGCUUAUUGUUAGUGUUCCACGUUGUUACUUGCUAGUUUAGUGUGGUUUUCAAAGUGUAAUAUUAAGUUUCUAGUGUUUGGACAUGAAUACAGACAAAAGAAUUGCAUCAGUUACUCCAAAAAAUACGAGAAAAAAGAAUGACAUGGGUAAUUAUAAGAAGCAGAAAACAAAGUGGGCUAGAUUAAGUGGUAAUGAGUAUGAGGCUAGUGAAGGAACCUUCAACCAAAACAUGGUCCAUCAAUCCAAAAAGAAGAAAAAUGCAAAAGAAAGUAAGCUAACGACGCAAACUGAAAUGGAGAAAAAUGUCCAAGAAGAAAAUAAUGAUGAAGAUUAUUUUUUUUUUUUCAUAAUGUUCACUAUUGGAAUAAAGUUUUCUUAUUAG